AUGGACAUGGAGGCGCAAGCCGCCGCCGCCGACCCGCACUUCCCCAUCUACGUCUCCUCCGAGGAGGACGACGGCAUUACGUUCCUUGGCGACUCGUUCGACCCCGAGGAGAUGCAGAUCCAGGAGGCCAUCCUCCUCUCCAUCGACUCCUCCCGCGCUCCAACCGCCAUCCCGACCUCCUCCUCCGCCUCCUCCUCGGCGUCCCCGUCCGGGCCCGACGUCGCCGGCACCUCCGGGAAAUCCACCGAAGAGUCCCCUCGCGACCGCAAGGGGAAGCUCUUAUGCAAUGUGGAAGAUGAGCCGAGCGAUUCGGGGAAGCGGCGGAAGCGCAACCGCUUCAGGUGCGCCAUCUGCAUGGAGAAGGUUCAGGUUUCAGAGCAGUUUAUUGUGAGCCACUGUUCGCAUGCCUUCUGCAAUGGCUGCGUCGGGCGGUACGUCGCCACCAAGAUCGGCGAGAACGUGGAAUCGAUAGGUUGCCCUGACCCUGAAUGCACAGAGGGCUUCGUUGAGAUCGAACCAUGCCGAGAUAUCAUUCCCCAGGAGCUUUUCGAUCGCUGGAGUGUUACUCUGUGCGAGCAGUCCCUAGGGAAUGAGAAGUACUACUGCCCUUUCAAGGAUUGCUCCGCGUUGCUGAUCAAAGACAAUGACAGGACGGUGAAAAUCAGGGACACCGAGUGCCCUCAUUGCCAUCGGAUGUUCUGCGCACGGUGCCGUGUGCCGUGGCACGACGGAAUCAAGUGUAAGGAGUUAAGGAGGCUUGGGGAUGACGAGAAGGGGGAGACUGAUCUGAUGCUUAAGAAACUGGCUAACAAGAAUAAAUGGCAGAGGUGCCCCAGCUGCAAGAUGUACGUCUCGAGGAUCGCUGGGUGCUUGCUCAUGAAGUGCAGGUGUAAACAGUACUUCUGUUACCAUUGCGCUGCUCCAAUGAGUAAAGCUCUUCACUAUUGUAAGAAUUGCAAGAGGUAG